CAACAGUUCAACCUUGGCCUGCAUCUCUCUUGUCUUGCCAAACGACUCGUCGACAUGACUUCGAGGCUCAAGCACAAGCUUGAGCUCGAAAAUGUCAACCUCAAGAGCGCUUAUCUGAACGAAUCAUUUGUACAGAUUGGCACCCCGCUGCCCGCGCUCGCCGAGUCCAAGAGGGACAAGCAGGAAUACGUGCCGCUAUGGGAACAAGAGGUCCGCGAUGAGAAAGGCCGCCGCCGCUUCCACGGCGCCUUUACGGGCGGCUUCUCGGCCGGCUACUUCAAUACACGCGUCGAGGACUUCAUGGACGAGGAAGACCUCGCCCAGAUAAACGAUGAUCGCCAGCUCCAGAACACGGAGACGUUCCGCAACGAUCCGUUCGCGGGCACCCAGAGCCUUGAGGGCCAGUCGAUGUCGUCUGCUCUCGAGAGCCUCGUGAUCCCGGCCCAGGCAUCGAUCGGGCAGAAACUCCUCCAGAAGCUAGGAUGGCGACCAGGACAGGGGAUUGGUCCUCGAGUGACACUACGAAAGCUGCGGAUCCAGGAAGGAAAGAUUGGAAAGCUGCGCGUGGGCAUGGACGUCGACCCCGAGGAUGGAGGCGAGGCGAGCAAGCACACCUAUGCCCCGAGGGACACGAGGCUUCUGACCUUCUCCGCCAAGGACGAUAAGGAGGGCCUGGGGUACGAGAAGGGGCGCGGUAUGGGACGGCUGCCGGCGAAGCGUGGCGUGUAUGGUGCUGGGCCUGGUGAAGACGACGAAGAUGACCCGUAUGGCGUAGGCGGCGCGGACGAUGCGCGACACUAUGCCUUCGACAACGGCGAGGAGGACGACGACACAUUUGUUAUGGGCGGCCCUACACCACAACCUGGGAGCAGCAAGAAGAGCCAGGCGGACGCCAAUCACUGGCAUGAUGGACGGAGGGUGCUCGAGGGGUUCGAGCUGGACCCACUCGGUGUCCCAACGGACAAGUGGUUUGCCUUCCCUGAUAUCCCAGAAGACUGGCACCCCCGUCCUGCCAGAGUCUGGGGCACGACUCGGAAGUUUGACGACAGUACGGCCCCUGUCGUCGAGCAAGAGGUCAUUCGCGGAGCACCUGGACGACCACUCACGCAUGAGCAGCGCGGAGCGGCCCUCGGCGAACAACCCCGGGUCUCCGAGGCCAAGUCGGUCUUCGAGUACAUCUCUGAGAAGGACAGGGAGCGAUUGGCAGCCUUUGCUGCGGCUGCCAAGGCUGGUACAGCUCCGCCACCGCCAUUGUCUCUUGAAGCAGAGCCUGAACUGCCGCCAGAGCGCGCCACCGAGGUUGUCAUCCCUCCACUAUCGCCACGCACCGCAUCUGCAGCCCUUCAAGGCUUCAUGCCAUAUCAGGAUGAGCCGGAGAAGCAGGAACGAUACCGGUCGUACCUCACAUCGCAGACGCACAACACCAAACAUCCCAACCCCCAGCUUUUGCCCUCCACGAAGCUCGACGCCAUCAACAAGGAGCUGCAGGACUUUGCGCAAUCGGCGCGCAUCUUCCGCCCGAUGUCGUACGCCAUGUCCUCACGGUUUACUUCUGGGAGCGCAUCUCUUGCCGCAUCAGACAUGAAGCAGGCCAAACCUGGACUGCACAUCUUUGAUGCGUCCAAGGGUGCGUCGCUCACGUUUACGAAGCCUGAGAACACGGAGAUCGAGGUCAAGAAAGACCUGACGCCACGGGAACAAGCUGCGCAAGAUGGAAAGCACGGUCAGAUGACCCGUAUCGUCAAGGACUUCUACCCCGUCAAGCUUGUGUGCAAGCGAUUCCACGUCGCCGACCCGCAUCCCGAGGGACCUCCCGAAGGUAGUGGCGCAUCAACACCAAGCGGCACUCGUCCCCUCAGCGAACUGCCUUUGCCCAAAAACGACGCCUCUUUCGAGUCUCGCUUCACCCACCAGGGAGAGCCCGACCGGGACGACUCACCGCCUCCGCCUGAAACGACCGAGCGUGUGCCGCGGUCCAUUGCGGAAGUCGGCAUGGCAGACGACGCCAACCAGGGCCGCGACACCCUUACCUACACAAAGCCCAGCAUCGACAUCUUCAAGGCCAUCUUUGCGGAUGACAGCGAUGAUGACGAUGAGGAUGAGGCUUCAAGUAAGCCGGCAGUGAAGGUUACGGUGUCGGAGGAGAAGCCUAAAGACCCAUAUCCGGUCGUCGAGGAGAAGCCGGUCGACUACAACACCUUCAAGCCUGUGUUCCGUUCUGCAGCCGCAGAAGACAAAGACAAGGAUGCCGACAAGGCACAGAAGAAGAAGGAUAAGAAGGACAAGAAGAAGCGGAAGGGUGUGCUGUCGUUUGAUGUUGGGGACGAGGGAGAGGAGACGGCGCCGAGGGAGAAGCCGAAGAAGAAGUCCAAGUUGGGUCGUGCCGAUGUCGACAAAGGCGAGUGGGUGGAGAAGGCGCCUGUGGCAGCUCCGCCUGCUGUCGCUCCUACGGUCGCCCCCGCGGACCCGCUCCCAGCUUCUCGGUCCGGCUCGUCAUCACCAACCAAAGCGCAGAGCGUGACCUCGUCCGAGGUGGACGCCGCGCCUUCGCCCUCGGCAACGGCGAUGGAUGUGGACGACGAAGCCGGCAGCGUGAUGGAGCGCAAGAAGGCUCAGCGGAAGAGCAAGCUUAGCAAGGGGAGCCGCUUGAGCUUUGGUGGCGACGACGAGUCGGACGGCACACCGUUCAAGCAGAAAAAGUCGCUCCUCUCGCAGUCGCUCAAGCUCGCCUCAUCACCCUUAGCCUCCUCGGCGCCGACAAAUGCGCCUGCCUCCUACUCGCGCGACUACAUCGCCGAGCUGAAAGCCGCCACGCCGUCGCGGGCAGCGCGGAAGCAGGACAACCAGGAGGAAAACGGCGGCGACGGCCUCUCGCAAGCCGCGAGGGACAAGUACGCGAGCACGAUCAUUGAGGACACGACGGCGGGUAUCCCGGACCAUGUGGCCGUCGCGGCAGCCAAGUCACGGCGCAAGGCGGCAUUGGACGCUCAAAGGGCCGGCGCUGAGGGCGAGGACUUUAUCGCGCUGGGCGGCGACCGCGGGCCGCACCCCGAGAGCCGGCUCAUGCGCGAGGAAGACGAGGGCGACGAGGGCGAUGAGGACCUCGCCGACUACACGGAACAAAACUCGCGACUAUACAUUGGCAAGCAGGCGAACAAGCGCGCCGCGGCCAGGUUGAAGGGCGAGAUCGGCGAGCUCAUCGCCGACCGGGAGGCGGAGGACGAGUCGGACGAGGAGACGCGAGAGUGGGAGGCGACGAUUGUUGCGCGGACUGGGCACUCGGUGUACGCCGAGGCCGAGAAGAAGAAGAAGGUGCAGGGUUACGUGUCGGUGCCUAUACCGGCCAUCCGACCUGUGCCGUCUAUAUCCUCCGCUGAGGCGAGGGUAGCGCAACGACUGGCGCAGCUCAAGGCGGUCAAGAUCCAGGCGGAGCACGACCACGAGACGGCCGCGCGGGAUAUCUCCCUGCUCAAGGAGCAAGACGAAGACAUCCGCAAGCAGCUUACGGAGGUGGAGGGCAAGCGCGAGUGGGUUGAAGGCUUCAGAGAGUGGGUCGAAGUGCUCGGCCACUUUCUCGAGGAGAAGAUGCCCAAGCUCGAAGACAUCGAGAAGGACGCGGCCAAGUAUGAGAAGGAACGCUCCACGAUGGUUGUCCAGCGACGAGCGGCAGAUGACGCCGACGACCUGUCGCUCUUCCUCGGAAUCCCGACGGCGACUACGCCAGAUUCUACGACCGACGAAUCUGCAGCAAACUCGGACGCGAGGCGGAUACGACGUAUUGCUCGGGAAGAUCGGCGGGCACGGCGGCGCGGCGUCAUGGCGGCCGCCGUUCCAAGCGACAUUGACGGCCUCUCGACCGACUCGGAGCUCGACGACGAGACGACCGACGCGUUCACCGCCUCGCAGCACGACCUUGACCGCGAAGUCGAGUCGCUCCUUGCCGACGUCAAGGCUGUCGACUUCCGCGACCCGAACCAGGGCAUCGCGGUGUGGUUUGGCGACUGGCGAAAGCGAUACCCAGAGGAGUACAACGGUGCAUUUGGCGGCUUAUCGCUUGUGCAAGCUUGGGAGUUUUGGGCGCGCGGCGAAAUGGUCGGAUGGCAGCCGUCGCGCAGCGACAACCCCAUCGAGUCAUUCCGCUGGUUCACGUCGCUGUACAACUACUCGAGGCCCAAGCCCGAGCAUGCGGACGACGACGACAUGGACCUUGAGCCGGACGUUGGAGAGGAGGGCGAUUUGGCCACCGAGAUGGUGUCCAAGGCAGUUGUACCGCUGUUCAUCAAGGGGCUCGAGGUCGGCGCAUACGACCCAUACUCUACGCCACAGACCCGGCGCUCGGUCGACAUGGUGGAGGUGAUCGGCGACCUGACGGGCAAGGAGAGCCGCAAGUACAUUUCACUCGUCAAGGCCGCUCUGGGCGUGUUCCAGGCCCACGUGCUCGAGCUCGCCACAGCCGUUUCGGCAUCAGGCGGACCGGUAGCGCAGAGGCCGCCACCAUACAACCCGGCCGCACGGUCAGCCAUGCAGCGCUACGUCCGCCGGCGGAUCAAGCUCGUCCGCAACUUGCUGUUGUGGCGGCGGGUUGCGCCGACGGAAGUGCAGGACCUCGUCGCGCGUGUGGUUAGCGUUGUGCUUCGCCCCGUGCUUGCUCGGACAUGGGAAGGUGGCGGUGACGACAUGGCUAAGCGAGUGCUCGAGGUUGCUGGGAGCGUCCUGCCCGACAACCUGGCCAAGUUUUUGCAGCAGGGGCCGCAGUUGUAGUCUAUGCGCGAUCGACGCGCGAUCUAUGCAUGGGGGAGGUGGUUGAAGAGG